AUGGUGGUGCAAGGUGGUGGUGGCGGUGGUGGCGAAUCUGGUGGUGAUGAACGCACUCAAAACUCGGGAGGCACUCUGGGCUCGGAAUCGCUUCGCAUUCCACAGGCUCCGGAGGAGAAGCGCCUAAGAAUUCAAGAAGGGGAGGUUGCCGGAGAAAAUGCGGGCUUGACAGAGUUGCCCACUGACAUAAUCUCCAACAUACUGUCAAGACUGCCAGUGAAGACGCUUUUGCGAUUCAAGUGCGUUUCCAAGUCCUGGUGCUCCAUCAUCGACCACAGGUCGUUCGCUGAUUUAGUCUUAGCUCAGUCACUCGGUCGCUCCGACGUCACCUCGCUCAUAUCCAUCAUUGGCAACAUCGAGCCGCGUGGCUUUGGACGCUGGUUCUUCAGCUUAGACCAUCAAACUGGAUUGGCCACUCCCUUGCGCCAACUUCACCACAAUAUCAACUCGAAAGGGGAGGAUUCGCAGAGUGUCAACGGCUUAAUUUGCUUCGACGUCGGGGAUCUUACGUACCUAUGCAACCUCAGCACCAGAGAGGUCAGGGCCCUUCCGCCUACUUAUCCUGAUUUUCCUGUCCAUUUGCACCGUGGCAUCCACAGCUUCAGUGCCUUGGGUUUUGAUCCUGUUGCGAUGCAGUACAAAGUCAUGAAGACAUGGGUUCUGAAUGCCGUGAACCAUUCGGGUGAAGUUAUCACCGCGCACAAGAUUCUGACAUUGGGAACCAGUUCGUGGAGGAAAAUCGAUAGCGGCCCUAUUGAUUUUCCCUGGGGAGGCAGCGUUUGCAUCAAUGGAGCCAUUCAUUUCCUGACACUUGACCUUAUGAGCAACAAAAUAAUCGUGGCUUUCGAUGUCGGGACCGAGAAGUUUAGGACGUUAACAUUGCCGGAUGGUGCCUUGAAUCAGGUGCAUAAGAUGAAGUUAAUUCCAUUUGGAGACCGUUUGACAGUAUUAGACUAUGAGCAUCUAGAGGAUGAAAACAUCAUGCUAAUGUACAUACUAGAGGAUGACAAAAAUCAAGUUUGGACAGAACGCCGCAUCGUGCUACCCCUUAGUUGGAGAGAAUAUCCAUUGCAUUCCGAGCGGUUUCUCGUCGGUAGCGUCCGCGCCGGAGAGAUCUUGCUCGCUCCAAAGGUAACGACUGGUGAAGUGUACUUCCUGUCUUAUGAUGUGGAGAAUGGGACUCUGAAGAAGGUUCAAGUCCGUGGUCUCCCCCCAUCUCUUUUGAGGAGUCCUGUGAUCAUCGCCUGUGCACCGAUUGGAUACGUGCAUAGCAUUUUGGCUCUGAGCGAGGAUUACUCGUGAAGUUGUCGCACAAAGCCUUCUUUUGGAUAGCAGCAGUGCAGGCAAAUAGCAUUACUGCACAUAUAACUUACAUGUUUACUUUGACACUGGCAGCUGGUUUACAUCUCUCAGGAUUGUGCUGUAGCCAAUUGGUUCUUUUGGGCACCUUCUGUUUCAUCAAGCAUUACUUUCCAUGUCUAUAGGCAUCACCAGUUGUUCAUAUUGUGCUCAAUUGGUUCUUUUGGGCACCUUUUGUUUCAUCAAGCAUCAUCUAUCUGCACAAUGUGACCUGAUUAUCAAGCAUUGAACUUUGUUA